CUUUUUGAAGUCCUCCCAUUGUCUUAUUCUUCUUCUCCCAAUCACGCUCGCUGUUCUCAUUCCUUCUCUCCUGCUCCGCUUGCCUUUACUCUCAGAAGGAAGACCUCGAUUGACAAAAAAUGGUCGCCAAGGAGACAGCCACGGCUCCAAUUGAUGCAGCCGCCGAACAGGGCGGCGAAUCACCGGAGGCAAACCCUCUUGCUAUUGUCCGCAGCGAAGAUCCGCCGCCGCCGCCUCCUCCACCGCCGCGGCAGAUAUCGGCGGAAAGCACGAGGAAGGAGGAGGUGGAGUCGAAGAUAACGGCGUGGGAGGCCGAAGAAGUGGCAAGAAUCACGAACAGGUUCCAGAGGCAGAAGGCCAUCAUCGAUGGCUGGGAGGGAGAGCAGGUGGAUAGUGCCAAUGCUUGGUUGAAGAAGAUUGAGAGGAAGUUGGAGGAGAAAAGAGCAAAGGCAUUAGAGAAAAUGCAGAACGAGGUAGCUGUUGCGCGGCAGAAAGCAGAUGAGAGGAAAGCAGAAGCAGAAGCGAAGAGGGAAGAGAAGCUUGGAAAGGUGAUGGAUAUUGCGAGGGUGAUGAAGGUUUUUGGCAGGGAUCCUUCAAAGCGCUCUUUCUUCAAGCCAUAGUCGAGAUAUUCUACCAGUUUUACAGUUCUGGUGUAUUAGUCUAUGUUAGUUGAAUAAUAAACAUGAUCAGUCUGUAUAUCUGUAAUUAAAUUGCUCUCACAUUCUGGAACAAUUAUUAGGUCAGAUGACUUGAUGUAGCUCUACGUUCGGACGCCAAUAACAUGUCGUCACGUUGUCUUA